AUGCUUCCGCUGCAUGUGGAGUCGGAGCGCCCUUCCUUCAUGCACUCGCCGUCGCUGUCAGAGUAUUUGCGGCGAAUGCUGCACUAUGCGCAAAUGGACAUUGACUAUACCUUCGCGCAGAUGUUGUACUUGUGCAUUGCGCCCAGGAAAGUCUAUCAGUUGACGUCAUACCGAAAGCAAACAAAGAACCAAUGGGCGAGGGACGAUCCAGCCUUCGUUGUGGUGCUAGUGUUUUUCCUCACCGUCGCGGCCAUCGCAUAUGGCAUCGCCUUCCAAGCCACAGGAACGGUGUUGUUGCACAUUGUGCUUCACUUCGUCAUCGGGCACUUCCUUGUGCUCGGAGUGUUGAUUUCUAGUGUUUCUUGGUUCGUUGCGAACAACUAUAUGCGAGCGCAGUCCUUCCACGGCGUGGAGCAGAAGAUGGAGUGGAUGUAUGCAUUUGACAUCCAUUGCAACUCCUUCUUUCCUCUGUUCCUCGUGCUGUACGUGCUGCACUAUUUCUUGCUGCCUGUUGUUAUGCAGCCCAGCUUUGCAGCUGCGAUGUUGAGCCGCCGGGCGUAA